UGUUCAUCAUCUGCCAUGCUAACCAUUAACAAUUUACAGCAGGACUGCACCAUCCCUAGGACCGGUUCUGAAUACUUCUUUCAGCAGCAAUUGCAUCUCUAUCAUGAAAAUGACAUCACAAGAUCAUGACUCAUAGUAUAGACCAGUGAUUGACGUAUUCCAUCAGACCAUCUUACAUGAAACUAUGACUCGAGUCAUAGUAUCAUGCUAUCAUGCCACCAGACUAUUAGUGAUAGUUAGGCGAGAGGCUCAUUUAUUUUCAUCUAUUUUACGUGGUUUGAUCGUUCUGGUUUGUUGUUUUGAGUAACUGUUUUUGUAUUAAUUUACUUUUUGCUUUCGCUAUCUAUUGCUUACUUAAUAACAGAAUAUGGAUCCAUCAUUGAGUAUAGAUACAUUCGAAGUAGUUAAACACACUGGCACUGAUUGCACGGGUACUGUUAUAUUCUUACAUGAUGCAGGUGGUUCUGGCAGAAUGCUUUUAGAUAGAAUAACAUCUCUAAUAGGAGAGUUUUCAUAUCCGCAUAUAGAAUUCUAUUUUCCUACUGCUCCAUUGAUGCCCUACACACCUCUAGAAGGAGAGUUGAGUCGUGUAUGGUUUGACCAGUGGAAUACCACUCCAGAUGCUCCAGAACAUGAUGAAAGCUUCGAAGAAAUGGAACAUCAUAUGAAAGCUCUCACCGAAGUUAUCACAUAUUCUGUGCCACGUCUUUCUUCGCCAUGGUAUAAAACUGUUGUAGGUGGGUUUGGUAUGGGAGGAACUCUAGCUCUUCAUACAGCGUAUUACUUCGAGUCAAGCACUCCUGACGGGGUCUUCGCCCUGUCCUCUUACCUCAACGAUGACUCCAAAGUCUACGACAUGGAUGAAUACAGUUUGAGUAGAGUACCAUUGUACAUGUGCCAUGGACAAAACGAUGAAGAGGUGCCAAUAGAUUGGGCAAAAAAGACGUUCGAUAGCUUAAAAGAUGGGGGUAUGAAAGGGGAGUUCAUCACAUUAAAAGAUGCCGGACAUGAGUUGGUGAAAGAGGAAAUUCAGGGGUUGUUCAAGUGGAUUGAAGAGAUAUUGAAACCUUUACCGGAUGAGAACGAACCUAUGUCAGAUGAAUGUAAGGCGCACAUGGCCAUGUCAUAUCGGCAGUUAGGUUUGUAACCGACAGAGUAUUGCUGAAGGCAAUCAUCCACUCGUUAAUCUGAAAGUUUUCUGCAUAAUAAGUGAAAGACAGAUUUAUGAUCGAUUUGCAGAUGAGAUAUCGGAAUGGAUAUUGCCGUCUGCGGUGCAUUCUUAUAUAAAACUGUAACAUAUGCUGUCAUGUUGAAUCGUAUUGUAUAAUUUAUAAAUAAUCUAUAUGUAAAAGUUUAUAUCUUUGACGAAUGUAACAAUUGUUAAAUAUAAGAAUUAGAUUUUUAA